AUGAAGACCACAACUUUCUUCUCCGCCACAGUCGCUGCCCUCUCAGUGCUCAUCGCUCCCGCUGUUGCUGAUUCGCACGCUGACUUUGUCCUCUUUCGCGGCGAAGGCUGCACCGGAAGCACCCUCACGCUCGAUGAAUAUCUCGGCGAUAAUAGUGUCUCGUCCCCCUUGGGCGAAGGUUUCUCCUCGGCUAGACUCCAGAAUCCGGACAGCGGCCAUGCGUUCGGAGUCUGCGGUCAGGGCUUUUCAUGCGGCGGAGCUCACGUCAUCCUCGACACUACCAACUGCUUCCAGAUCGAGCAGUCGAAUGGAAACUUAAUCCACCUCGACAAGACUUGCGUUGACGCUGGUUGCUUCUCCUAA